CUGGUUUUGCAGUUCACUGCAAAGUGCCGAUCGCCGAUGUCUGUCACGUAGCACUUGGUUCAAUUGGUUGUAGUUCUGUAGUCUGUUCUUUAUUUACGGUACAAUUAAUUCGCGGUGUUCUCAUGAUUUUUUCGAUUCGUGCUGUCACAUACUACCGCUUAGCACGCAAACUUCAACUGAGUGUAUGCGGCAACUGUAAACAGCAGGCUUGUAGUGGGCUCUUUUCGCAUCGAAACUGUAGCGCAGAAGCAGCGAAACCGUCAGUUCCCGAAGUAUCCUCUUGGGGUUCCAAAAAAGUCAGACAGAAGCAAUUACAGCGAGCGAAGGAGACAAUUAUGGCAUCUCCAGACCUGGAAGCUAUUUUAGCGCCGCUGCGUGCAUCUGUCAAAGAGCAGGGCGACUACGUGCGGAAACUCAAGGAAUCGAAAGAAUCGGAUAAUGAGCUAGCACGGGCGGUUGCCGAAUUGAAACUGCGCAAGCGUGUCCUUGAGGACAAGGAACUAGAAUUGACUAAAGCCAGGGAGGGCGAUUUUGACCGGAUUAAAAUGGAAGAUCUGAUUAAGCGGCGCUUUUAUUUCGAUCAGUCGUUUGCCAUUUAUGGAGGUGUAACCGGCUUGUACGAUUUCGGUCCAAUGGGAUGCGCUAUUAAGACGAACCUUUUGAGCGCUUGGCGGAAACACUUCAUACUGGAAGAACAAAUGCUGGAAGUGGAUUCCAGUUGCGUCACACCAGAACCGGUUUUAAAAGCAUCCGGUCAUGUUGAUCGUUUCUUGGAUUACAUGGUGAAAGAUACGAAAACGGGUGAUUGUUUCCGUGUGGAUCAUUUGAUUAAAGCACAUCUAGAAGAUGUCCAGAAGGAUAAAAAGGCCCCUGAUGACAGCAAAGCUCGCGCGAAGGAAAUUAUCGCUACCAUCGACAAUUUGAAUAGAGAGGGUUUCCGUGACGUCGUUCGAGAAUGGAAGAUGAAAUCGCCCAUAACUGGCAACGAUCUGUCCGAUCCCGUUGAAUUCAAUUUGAUGUUCGGUGUUUCUAUUGGACCCACCGGUUUGGUGCGAGGAUAUUUGCGUCCGGAAACAGCGCAAGGAAUUUUCGUUAACUUCAAGCGUUUGUUGGAGUUCAAUCAGGGAAAGUUGCCAUUUGCAUGCGCUCAAAUCGGCAAUGCCUAUCGUAACGAAAUCUCCCCACGAAGUGGUUUACUGCGUGUUCGAGAAUUCACAAUGGCAGAGAUUGAACAUUUUGUCGAUCCAUCGAACAAAAACCACCCUAAAUUUGAAAAUGUGAAAGAUUUGGAACUGAAUCUGUUUGCCGCAUGCGAUCAGAUGGACGGUGAAGCAGCAAAAAGAAUUCCCAUUGGGAAAGCUGUGGAGAGUAAAUUAGUGGCGAAUGAAACUUUGGGGUACUUCUUGGCGCGGGUGUAUCUUUUCUUGGUGAAAGUUGGUGUUGAUCCCAGCAAAGUUCGCUUCCGGCAGCACAUGAGCAACGAAAUGGCACAUUAUGCCUGCGAUUGUUGGGAUGCGGAAUUGCUAACGAGUUAUGGCUGGGUGGAAUGUGUCGGAUGCGCGGAUCGAUCUGCCUACGAUUUAACGCAGCAUACAAAAGCUACGGGAAUUUCACUGGUGGCCGAAAAGCCUCUUCCGGCGCCCGUUACUGUGGACGUUGUGGAAUGCGCACCGAAUCGUGCCGUUGUUGGAAAGAACUUCAAGCAAGACCAGAAAAAAGUUUUGGAUCAUUUGGCAGCUUUGUCGGAGAAAGAUACUUUGGCUUUGGAAAAUGAACUAACUUCAACAGGGAAAUUUUCGAUCAAUGUUGACGGUCAGACGUUCGAGCUGACUAAGGAUAUGGUGGAGAUUAAGAAGUACCAGAAAACUAAACACGUGGAGGAAUUCACUCCCGGUGUGAUCGAACCGUCUUUUGGCAUUGGGCGCAUCAUGUAUUCGGUUAUGGAGCAUACAUUCCAUAUUCGGGAAGGCGAUGAGCAGCGAACUUACUUUUCCCUUCCUCCCGUAAUUGCCCCGUUCAAGUGCUCCGUUCUUCCUUUAAGUGGCAAUCAAGAAUUUCAGCCGUUUGUCAAACAGCUUUCCCAAGCAUUGACAGCUAGCGAUAUUUCCCACAAAGUGGAUGAUUCUGCUGGUGCAAUUGGACGUCGCUAUGCGCGCACAGAUGAAGUGGCAAUUCCAUUUGGAAUUACCAUUGAUUUUGAUACGGUGAAUAAGAAGCCGACAAGUGUUACUGUUCGGGAACGCGAUAGUAUGGAGCAGAUUCGUGUGGGGAUGGAUGAAGUUGUUCCUUUAAUCGCUGAUUUUGUGGCGGGGCGAGCGAAGUGGGCAGAUGCGCUGAAAAAAUAUCCGAAAUUCGUACAGCAAGAAGCAUCGGCCAAAAAGGAGUAGUAAAUCACUGAAAUUCUGUAUGCUUUUUACUAAUUUUGUAUGUUUGAUCUGGAGCCAGAGAACCUAACAAUUUCAGUUUUAUUGUUUUUAUUGAUUUGUGGUUCAGUUACAACGACAACCGGUUGUCUCGUUAUGUUCUGACACAAUUAAUACAUUUAAAAUUAUAAAAGUUCUCUAAUGAUCA